AUGUCUCAUGGAAAGAAGAGGAACGUCCUGUUCAUGGUCGCGGACGACCUGGGCAAGUACCUUGGGUGCUACGGGGUGAAGAGUGUCUCGACGCCACAUAUCGAUAAAUUCGCAGAAGACAAUGUCAAGUUUGACAUGGCAUACGCCUCGACUGCAUCAUGUUCUGGUUCCCGGUCGACCAUCUAUACCGGGCUACAUACGCACGAGAAUGGACAGUAUGGACUGAACAGCAUAGCUACACACUUUCAGACAUUCGAAUUCGUUGACACCCUUCCCGCUCUUUUCAACAAAGCAGGGUACUUGACUGGAAUCGUGGGCAAGGUACACGUUGGAAUCAAGUCCACCUAUCCAUGGACUGUCUACGACGACAUCGAGACUCGAGACUCGGCCAAGUAUGCCGAUCACGUCGACGCCUUCUUCGAGCAAGCCAAGAAAGAGGAUAAGCCUUUCAACUUGAUCGUUGGAUUUCACGAUACCCAUAGAGACUUCACGCGAGGAGGAUUUGCCAAUACACAAGGACCAUUUGAUCCCCGAGUCAAGCCUUACAAGUGCAACCCUGAAGAUGUCGAGAUCCCCCCAUGGCUCCCUGACGUUCCUGGACUUCGAAAAGAGCUCGCUGAGUACUAUGAGUCGAUCAACCGACUUGAUCAAGGUGUUGGAAUGAUAUUGGAGAAUCUAAAGAAGCAAGGACUGGACGAGGACACACUCGUCUUCUUCUGCUCUGACAACGGUGCUCCAUUCGUCAACGCCAAAACGACCUUGUAUGAAUCUGGCACCUGCUUGCCCUUCCUUGUCCGAGACCCUCGACUGGCUGCAAAGGGCAUCAAAAACGUGACGAAUCCCAACAUGAUCAGUUAUCUGGACAUCCUACCGACUAUGCUAGAUUUCUGUGGCAUCCCACUCGACCUCAAGAUCCAGGACAACGCGCCGCCUCGUUUGGGUCAAAGCUUCUUGCCUAUACUCGAGAAGAGUGAGAUCGUACCUGAGAGCGAGUGGAAGCACCACAUUUUCGGCUCGCAUACCUUUCAUCAGAGGGAAAACUAUUGGCCAACCCGUAUCAUCCGGACGAGGAAGUACAAGUAUCAUCGCAACAUUGCUUGGAGGCUUGACUUCCCCUUCUCUUCCGACCUGUACGCGUCACUGUCGUUCGAAGAUAUGAGAAACGUAGAUGGACCUGUCAUGCUCGGAUCGAGAUCCUUAGAAGAUUAUGUCUUUCGACCUGCAGAAGAACUAUACGAUCUCGAAGCGGAUCCUCUCGAGGUCCACGACCUACACAGAGAUCCACAGUACAAGGAUAUUCUGCUGGAUCUGCGAAAGAAGCUUGAGGACUGGCAACGACAGACAGAGGACUUGUGGAUAUACAAAGAUGGGAUCUCGAUGAAGACUCUCUCGCAUCAUCUCGCCGAUGAUUCCAUGAUCGUACCGGAUCAGUUUGACUUUGAUGUCAAGAAUCCCAGAAACCUCGGUCCCAAGGCUCCCAAGACGUUCAAAUUGCAAGGCAAUCCAGAAGGUGUGAGAGGCGGAGCUCUGUACGCCGGUAAGAAUGUUCAAAUGGCCAAGUCCAAGGAGGCAUAA